AGUAGCAUCCUUAAUCAGCAACACGUUCACUAUUGUUCAAAUUUCCCGCCGUUCCACCGCGCCAGCAUGUGGCGCCAUGCCACGGUAACGGCUCGAAACAUGAUCGCUCCCGAGGUCGCUGUGCGGACGCCGCGUUGUGUCGUCAGCGCAGCUGUCUGAGCUGUGUAUGUGUUCUCUCUCCUUCGCCCAUCGCAUUUCUGCACUCGUUCGCUCAUCGCGCGCACUCUCAGCAAAGCGCGCUGCUGGAACCGUUAGCAAACAGGUCGUGGUGACGAGCGCCGUGCAUCGUUUGUGCUGUCCUCUCUACGUAACCUGACGACGUUUACAGCGGUCAUGAACAAUCCGCGCGUGGUGGACCUUCGAUCGGACACGCUGACCAAGCCGACGCCCGAGAUGCGGCAAGCCAUGAGGGACGCCGAAGUCGGCGACGACGUCUUCAAGGAGGACCCCACCGUCAACGAGCUCGAACGUGUGGCGGCCGAGUUGAUGGGAAAGGAGUUCGCUCUGUUCAUGCCCACGGGAACCAUGGGAAACCUGGCGUCAGUGAUGGCCCACUGUGACAGGAGGGGACAGGAGGUCCUGGUGGGCGACGCGUCCCACAUCUUCCUCAGCGAGCAGGGAGGGACUGCUCAGGUGGCCUCGGUGCAUAGUUGGGCCGUCCCGACGCAGAAAGACGGCCGGCUGCUCAUCGAGGACCUGGAGUCUCGCGUCAGGUACCGCGACAUACCCUGCCCCAGGACUGCACUGCUGUGCCUCGAGAACACGCACAACUUCUGCGGGGGCACCGUGCUCCCCGUCGACUACGUGGAACAGGCUGCCCGGUUCGCCAGGAGCCACAAGAUACCGUUGCACAUGGACGGUGCGAGGAUCAUGAACGCGGCAGCGUACCUGGACCUGCCGGUCAAGGAUCUCCUGAAGGGUUGCGACUCCGUCAUGAUGUGCAUCUCGAAGGGACUCUCGUGCCCCAUAGGGUCCUUGGUGGCUGGAUCAAGGGACUUCAUAUACAAGGUGACGAGAGCUCGCAAGUGCCUGGGCGGAGGCAUGCGCCAGGCGGGCAUCAUGGCCGCAGCGGGCCUCGUGGCAUUCCGGACCAUGGUGGCCAGAGUGCGCGAGGACCACGACAAUGCGCAGAGGCUCGCCAGAGGCAUUAGUCUGCAGGACAACCCGUACAUCGCCGUGGACCUGGGGACGGUGCAGACCAACAUGGUCAUUUACGAAUUUCGAGACACAAGCCGGCUGUCGCCACUCACCUUCUGCGUGCGCCUCGACCAGGUGACGAAGAGGGAGUACGAUGAUCUCCAGCAGGCCGUCACGGUGAAGAUGAUUCCCAUCAGCCUGACCAAGGCCCGCGCUGUCCUCUACAACGGCGUCAGCGCGGACGACGUUGACGCGGCGCUGGUGAAGAUGCGUUACGUCAUCGAUGAACUGUGCCAGUCCGCCGGUGCAUAGUCCUAACAACUUAGAUGCACGCGCGAGCGUUACAUAAUCGCGCGCGCAUGCGCACGCUCGACGAUCGAGGCACCUUGAAUUUUCGCCUCGAGGCACCUUGAAUGCUCGGAAAUCGACGAGGCACCUUGAAUGUUCGCAACUCGGAAAUGUUUCGACUGAAGCUUAGUUGGUAUGGCGUGACUGUAUGGUGCACGAUUGCGACGCUAAGGCGACACUCGAGGGCACGUCGACGCGUUAAACGAACACGUGUAUACUUGUCCGCGUCGUGUCCAAGCGUGUGUCACGUUAUCAGUUCAGAAUCACACACCAUACAGUCAUAUUUGUCGCAGUAUAAACAACUAGGAAAAGUCUUCAAACUCGGUGUUCCCAAACGCAUCUGAAUGCCAGAGCCACACACCGGUCCUUCGGAGUUGGCGAAGCGCUUGGAUUUUCAAGGAAUGAUGCUGACUCCCCUUUCAAAGUUACCCUUCUUCCACGGAAUUCGAUUGGUUGGUCAAUCGGGAUGGAGUUUAAUAUUCCAAAGUAAGUAAGGCUUUGAACGCUAUUGCGGGAAAAAAAUUCGGAUUGAUUCUGACAACCUGG